AUGUGCCACAGUCCUAGCGUUUCGUGCGUCGACUGUUUAAAAAAUUUUACGAUACAGGAUUUCGUCUUGCAUUCAUCUUGCAUUUCGGAGAGGGCGAAAUAUGAUAAGAGUAAUCUCUACGAAUCCGAUUGUAGGGGUGCCCAAAAACAGACGGAUUGGACCACUUCUGUCCAUUCGCGUCUGGUUAAUUAUCAAGCUCCGCCUGGUGUUCCCACUUUGAUGAAGAAAAUGAUUUUGACAAGUGCAAACGUUCCUAGGAAAAAGGCGAAGUUCGAGUUUGCACGCCCGACGGAUAUUGACGCACUCUGGCAGCAAAUGACAGCACAAGGUGACAAGGCUGAUAGUGCUGGGUCCAUUGAGAAAGUAAACCAUAACGGAACGGAUCAGGCAACAUUGGGUGAACAUUUGGUCCAAAACAGUGAGGAGAAUCAUUCGAAGUUGCAGUUGUCAAGCCAUGUUGUUGAGAUGUCUGGCGACGGUGAGACUAACGACAAAGGUAAGAAUUCGUUACUGUUUUCUUUGUUCCGAUUACAGACCUUUGAAUCAUUCAAGCAGUCAAAACAUUUUGUCAAGGAGAUGCAUUCUGAUGGUUUUUUGGAAUGCGAGUUUCAACGAGCAUUGAAAAAGCGGCGCCACUUUGUCAUUUCUGAAGAUCAAAAGAAAGUUUCUAUUUCAGAUACUAAAACUUGA